AAGUGGGUCAAGGGAGGGGGAGGGAGCCACAGGCUGAGCUGAUCCCACGUGUGACGGUUGCAUUCCCGGCUCAGUAAUAUUCUCGUAGCGGGCUUCGUUUGCUGUGUCUGUGUGUGUGUUAGGUACUGCAAAUAGCUAGGUUAGAUAUGGAGGGAGACGGGAGCCAAGCCACAUCUGGGAGCCCUAAUGAUUCGCAACACGACCCGGGUAAAAUGUUUAUCGGUGGCCUCAGCUGGCAAACUUCACCAGACAGCCUUAGAGACUAUUUUAGUAAAUUCGGGGAAAUCAGAGAAUGUAUGGUGAUGAGGGAUCCAACGACAAAGCGCUCCAGGGGAUUCGGAUUCGUUACAUUUGCGGAUGCUGCCAGUGUAGAUAAAGUCUUAGCUCAGCCACAUCACGAAUUAGACUCGAAAACGGUAUGUUUGAUACUUCUUUUGUUACUUCUCCGAUUUUGCACCUUGCAUGCAUGUCCUUGAUCCCCUGUUCCAUUGUAUCUGUUUCAGACUUCUGAACCAUGUUAUUUGAAUCUGUCACUCACAGCCGCAUACACAUGACGUUAACAAGUGGCUAGGCAAUUAUGCAUUCUGAGCCUCUUGUGUCCUUUCAAAAAGCAAGGCCUGUAACCCUUUCUUUACCAUAGAGGGCUUAAAUACAAUAAGUAAUUGUUGCACUUUAACCAACUGUGAAUCGGCCCUCCAAGCACAUCUUAAUGCUUUGAGCAGACCAGUGUUGUGGUGAGCUUUUGUUGUUUAACUAGAAAUAAAACAUAUUUUUCUUCAUAAAAUACGCAUACAUAUACCUAAAUAAUUGUGCUGUGUUUUGUUGUUUUUUUUACAUUUCCUCAAAAUAAAAUUGAAAGAUUGUGUUGCAAAAAUGCAGGCUUAUCUAUAAAUAAAUGUACUUUUUAUGUGCA